UGGAGCGAGAGGAGCCUUCCUGGGAUGCCGCUGGGAGCUGCUGGCAACUGAGAACUCUGCCUGGUUUACCUGGAGCCCUGUGAGGAGCUUUGAAUAGCAGGUGUCUCUUUGCUGCACGCUAGGAAGAGAAAUUCUUCUCCAGAUAAUGUUAAGAGGCCUCUUCAUUGAUUAUUGGCAGCUGCUGCGCUUUGAGAAAACCUCUUUCAAUUUGUCUUUCCGGAUCCUUUGACUUCCCGCUCCAACAGCCUUACAGCCUCCCUGAACGCUUCAUAAAUGCACUGCAAUGGUCACAUGAACACCUUGGAAGGGGAACGUCCACAGCUCCUCGUUCCCGUGGUGCUUUAGGAGGGGUACCUGGAAGAGCUGCAAGUCCAGCAGGAGCUGGAGACCCUGUGAAAGAUGAAUCUCAUCGGGAAGCUCCGCAGAAGCUUCCGAACGCUGGUCGUUCUCCUGGCCACCUUCUGCUUGGCAAGUAUUGUCAUCUCUGCCUAUUUCCUCUACACUGGCUACAAGCAGGAGAUGGCCCUCGUGGAAACCACUGGGCAAGCAGAGUGCGAGGACCCCAAACUCCUGCCCUACAGGUCUGCAGAGCUGAGAACACCUAAGCCAAUUGAUCCCUCUAGGACUGACCCCACUGUGCUCCUGUUCGUGGAAAGCCAGUACUCCCAGCUGGGGCAAGACAUCAUAGCCAUCCUCGAGUCCAGCAAGUUUCAGUACCACAUGGUCAUUGCACCAGCCAAGGGGGACAUUCCCCCUCUCACAGACAACGGGAGAGGGAAGUACACGAUUGUUAUAUAUGAGAAUAUUUUAAAGUAUGUGUCCAUGGACUCAUGGAAUAGAGAGCUUCUGGAAAAAUACUGUGUGGAAUACAGUGUUAGCAUAAUUGGUUUUCAUAAAGCCAACGAGAACAGCUCCCCCAGCACCAGGCUGAAAGGGCUGCCAUUACAGCUGUACAACAACGUGGCCCUCCAAGACUGCGUGGUGAACCCCCGCUCGCCCCUGCUGCGCAUCACCAAAGCGCCCAGGGUGGAGCAGGGCCCACUGCCCGGCGAGGACUGGACGGUGUUCCAGUUCAACCACUCCACCUUCCAGCCCGUGCUGCUGAGCGAGCUGCAGCCCAACAGGCCCACCCCCGCCGCACUGCCCAGGGCUGCUCUCUAUGCCACCGUCGUCCAGGACCUGGGCCUGCACGACGGCAUCCAGAGAGUCCUCUUUGGGAACAACCUGGCCUUCUGGCUCCACAAGCUCAUCUUCCUCGACGCCAUCUCCUUCCUGUCGGGGAAGAAGCUGACACUGUCCUUGGAGAGGUACAUUCUGGUUGACAUCGACGACAUCUUUGUCGGGAAGGAGGGGACCAGGAUGAACGUCAACGAUGUGAAGGCUUUACUAGAGACUCAAAAUUUACUGCGCACUCAGGUUGCAAAUUUUACCUUCAACCUUGGAUUUUCAGGAAAAUUUUACCACACAGGGACUGAGGAGGAGGAUGAGGGCGAUGACCUGCUGCUGAGAUCUGUGGAUGAGUUCUGGUGGUUUCCCCAUAUGUGGAGUCACAUGCAGCCACACCUCUUCCACAAUGAGUCCUCACUGGUGGAGCAGAUGAUCCUCAACAAAGAGUUUGCAAUGGAGCACAGCAUCCCCACGGGCAUGGGCUACGCGGUGGCCCCGCACCACUCCGGCGUGUACCCGGUGCACGUGCAGCUCUACGAGGCCUGGAAGAAGGUGUGGCACAUCCGUGUGACCAGCACAGAGGAGUACCCACACCUGAAGCCUGCACGGUACAGACGGGGCUUCAUCCACAAUGGCAUCAUGGUGCUCCCUCGACAGACCUGUGGCCUUUUCACUCACACUAUUUUUUACAAGGAAUAUCCUGGUGGUCCUCAGGAGCUGGACAAAAGUAUCCGAGGAGGUGAACUGUUCCUCACCAUUCUCCUGAACCCCAUCAGCAUCUUCAUGACCCACCUGUCCAACUACGGGAACGACCGCCUGGGCCUCUACACCUUUGCCAACCUUGCCAGCUUUGUCAAGAGCUGCACAAACCUGAGGCUGCAGACGCUGCCCCCCGUGCAGCUGGCUCAGAAGUACUUCCAGCUCUUCCCCGAGCAGACAGACCCCCUCUGGCAGAACCCGUGUGACGAUAAGCGACACAGGGAUAUUUGGUCCAGAGACAAAACGUGCGACCACCUGCCCAAAUUCCUGGUGAUAGGACCCCAGAAAACAGGAACAACAGCCCUUUAUCUAUUCCUUCUGAUGCAUCCUUCCAUUAUCAGCAAUCUCCCCAGUCCAAAAACUUUUGAGGAAGUUCAAUUCUUCAGCGGCAACAACUACCACAAGGGAAUUGACUGGUACAUGGAAUUCUUCCCCACUCCUUCCAACGCCAGCACCGACCUCCUGUUUGAGAAAAGUGCCAACUAUUUCCACUCUGAGGAAGCUCCCAGGAGAGCUGCUUCCCUCAUCCCCAAGGCCAAGAUCAUCACCAUCCUCAUCGACCCGUCCGACCGCGCAUACUCCUGGUACCAGCACCAGCGCUCGCACGAGGACCCCGCCGCGCUGAGGUUCAGCUUUUUGGAGGCGAUCAGCUGCGGGCCGCGGGCGCCGCCGGAGCUGCGGGCGCUGCAGCGGCGCUGCCUGGCGCCCGGCUGCUACGCGCGGCACAUCCACCGCUGGCUCUCGCACUUCCCGCCCGCACAGUUGCUCAUUAUCGAUGGACAGCAGCUGAGAAGUGACCCUGCUACUGUGAUGGAUGAAGUGCAGAAGUUUCUGGGAGUCUCUUCUCACUACAAUUACUCUGAAGCCCUAACGUUUGACCCUCAGAAAGGCUUCUGGUGCCAGUUAUUGGAAGGAGGGAAAACAAAGUGCCUGGGGAAAAGCAAAGGUCGGAAAUACCCACCAAUGGACCAAGAGUCCCGAGCGUUCCUGUCGAGCUACUACCGGGAGCACAACGUGGAGCUGUCCAAGCUGCUGCACCGCCUGGGCCAGCCGCUGCCCUCCUGGCUGCGGCAGGAGCUGCAGAAGCUCAGGUAGCCCGGGGCGACCCGGCCAGGCGCCCUGCUGCCCGCUCAGACCGCCCGCUGCCCCGGCACCGUCAGGACAGGACCUCACGGACCCCGCGAAACCACACAAACCACAGGAGAACCAGCAGAGAAGCCCCAAACCCGCAAGUGCUGGCAUGCCCGUGCUGCCGGCGGAGCGGCAUCGAGCCCUUCUGCCGGCUCCCGGGAGAGCGCCCGGCGGCGGCCCUGGAUCCUCCCUGCCCCGGGAAGCGCCGGGAGCUCUGUGCGGGACCGGCGGAGCCGGGCCGGACACGGCAAAGGAUGGGAACGCCGCUCGCCGCACUGGGAGGUUGGUCCUGCGCUGGGCUCUUCCCGCUUUUCUUUUCAAACCCUUUCACGCUGCAGCAGUGCACUGCCCGUGGCCUGGUAUGGAAAGCUGGCUUCUGUCUGCAGAGCAGCGCUGAAGCCUUCAGACACCUUCAGACACCUUCAGACACCUUCAGACACCUUCAGACACCUUCAGACACCGGUUCAUCCUUUUAGUGUGACUGCAAAGGUGUGGACCUGCCCACGGACUCAAUUCGUCCAUCACUCUCCUUUCUAGAAAAGCUGCCAAAAAGAAAUAAGGAUUUGCAAGCGACACAGAUUCUGAAGUGUUCAGUGCUCCAGUGACUGGAUAACUUUUAUAAGACUUAUUAUGAUUUCUGUCGUAUUUCAGAACAAAGAACAUCCUGUUGAUAGAGCUGAGGAAAAACUUCACUGUCUUGCCCAAGCUCUUUUUUUUUUUUUAAUUUUUCUUUCCCCUCCAACGUGACGACAGCAAGUCCAGUUGAACAAAUACUUGGUGUUGAAGCAGAAGGAAUUAAAAUAAAUUUUGAUCACUCAAAGUAUUUUUGUUGGGGGGUGGGGUUGGUGAGGGAGGUCAAGGGCUGUACUUGCUGGAAUUGUUUUAAAUAAUUGAUGUGCACACAGCUGAUUAUCAGUUCUUCUCACUGCCACAGAAUAAACACUUCUGAUGGUGCAUUACAGA